CCAAUUUUGAAAAAAACGAGUUACCGCCAAAACAAGCUCCCCAUUGACUCUCUAUUCAAAGUUCGAUAAUCAGUUUUUAACAAAACGCGAUAUCCGCCGUGUUUCGCUGCCCUGUUUCUUCCCUUUUUUCUCAAACAGAGACAAACGCCAGUCCUGUUUUUCCGCAAAGCCUACAGUUGCAUUCGACCAAUCACCGCGCACCAUUCCAUGACGCAAACUGUCAUGGCGGCACCCUGUCAGUAGACGCCGGUAAACACUCGCCUCAGACUUUUAAGUUUUUAUAUAGGCUUCUAAAAUGAAUAACUUUGAUGGUAUUGAGGAGCCAGUGGUCGUGUCGUCUGUGGGAAAGAAGCGGAAGCCGUCAAAAGACAACCACGAAAGGGAAGUCAGAAAGAGAGUCAGAAACUCAGGCGGUGGCAAAAUACCGGCGAUUGCUUGUUCUCACAGUGAAUCAAAAAACUUUUGUCAUGCCGACAAACUGACAGCUGACGAUCUUGUAAAAAACUUCGACACUCUCUACUGUCAUACCACGAAGGCCGAACAAGACCAAGCAAUUUUAUGCCUGAUAACAGUAAAACGGGUACAGCGAAGACGUCCCAAGGUGGCAAUUGAAGAUGCACAGAAGGAGAGGGAGGUCACGAACGAGUACUACUUGCUCUCCAAGGAUCAUCCCACGAAGGUUCCUGUCUGCAAGGCAACUUUCUGUGCAGCGCUGGGUAUUGGCAAAGAUAGAGUAGCUCGAGUGGCAAGAUAUUAUGCAGAGAAUGCUGAGGCCAGACCAGAACGUAGGGGUGGUGCUCGCAAAGUUACAGAAAAUGAAGAAAAGAAGAAACUUGUGAUGGAUCACAUUCAAACAUUCACUUGUAGGGCAAGCCACUAUGGCAGAAGAGGAGCACCUGGGCGGAAAUACCUUCCCAGUGACCUCAGCGUAAAAAAAAUGCAAGAUUUGUUCAAGCAGCAAAAUCAUGAUGCUGUUAGCUACUCUCUCUAUUACAGUGUUUUCCGCUACAGUUUCAACCUUGCAUUUGGACAUCCAGCCACCGACGCAUGUUCUACAUGUGCAAAGUUUCAUCUCACAGUAAAGAACCCCAGCUUGCCCGAAGAGGAGAAGCGUACAGCAUCAGCAUCUUUCAUUUUGCAUCGCAGACGAGCAAGGGUGUUUUAUGAUUUGCUUGGGCAAAGUGACAAUGCAGCAUUGACAGUCUGCUUCGACAUGAUGCAGAAUCUGGUACUCCCAAAAACCCCCAUUGGUCAGGCGUACUACUCCCGCCAGCUCGUCAUGUACAUCUUUGGUGUUGUUGUCCAUGCUGGGAAAGGCAGCAAGCAAAGCAAGGAUGACAUCCAUCUUUACACAUGGAUGGAACACGAGAACAGAAAAGACAGUAAUUUGACUGCUUCUGCUCUGAACCACUGUUUUCGGCAGCCAUUGAAUGUUGCACUUUGCAAUGUUCAGAAGUUGAGAUUAUUCAGUGAUUCCUGUUUUGGACAAAACAAAAAUGUGAAUGUUCUGUCAAUGCUGUUUGCUUUAACAAAGCAGAAUUGUCCUAAUAUGAUCACGGAAUAUGUGUUUCCCAUCAGGGGACACAGUUUCCUUCCUGUUGACCGCGUUUUCGGGAGGAUUGAGCAGCAGAUUCGAAAGCACAAUACCAUCCUCAUGCCCGAAGAGUACUAUGACAUUUUGAGGAACCAUGGACAUGUCCAUGUCUACGGCCAGGACUGGCAAGCUUAUGAUUUCAAGAAGGCAACACAGGUGUUUGUAAAGCCACAGAAGUCAUUCAAGCUCAGUGAUGCAAGAAUGUUGGAACUCAGGAAUGACAAACUUGGAUUCAAGACUGUGUACAACAGUGACUUCUGCUAUCACUCGGUUUUGAAGCGAGGACAGAACUGGGCAAACUUCAAGCCGAGUCAGCUCCCAAAUGUAAGCACAGUGAAGGAUGCAAAAAGAAAGGAUGUGCUUAACUUGCUUGCUGAAAUUGGUGCCAGUGACACUGUGUGUGCCUUCUAUGAUGGAGCACUCAUUGUAAAUGAUGCCGACCGUGACGGCCCUGAAGAAUAAUUCUGCCGAUUGUGCCUUUUGAGUUCACUGUUUCAGUGCAUAAUAAGUGUGUGUGAACACGUGUGUGUGAGAAAGACCUGAGCAAACAGGAGGAGGAGUUAAGUGAGUGCGGAGAAAGUCUGUGUGUGGUUGGGUGUGUCUAGAUAAUGGCACUUCACAAUGGCACUGAAUUGUAGUUGUCCAUAAUAAAUAGAUAAAUAGAUAGAUAGAUAGAUAAAUAAAUAAAUAGAUAAAUAGAUAGAUAGAUAAAUAAAUAAAUAAAUAAAUAACAUGCACUACAACAUGAUUAAUGUAUUUCAUAUAUCUGUGUUCCACUAUAAGAAAUUUGUUCAAGUUGGCAUUGUUAUGUAAAUCGACUGUCAUGGUUGCUUAUAGCCUAGUUAUGUUGCACAAUCUCACACAGAUGUAUUGUUUAUUUAAAGUUAUAUUUUGCACAGAAAUAUUGUUAUGUUUUUUAAUGACACAGAAAUAUUGUUUUUAUGAACAUGUUUUUAUGAAGCAUUGUGAUGGAUGUAUUUUUUAGAAAUCUGUUGUCCAAGUUUGGGACUUGUAUAGAUAACUUACUAUUUAAUACUAUUUAACUUAAUAAUUGUACAGUUUCGUACAUUGUUUUGAAAAUUUAAUGAAUGUAGUGUACAGAAUAACAAGAUGAAUGCAACAGAAACAAAAUUUUGCUCUAAUGUUACGUAUGAGUUCAGGAUGAAUUUGAAUUUUGUUGCUAUUAACAGCAUUAAUAUCAGACUGAAAUGAAUGCAAUCUGAAAAAGGCAGCGAGAUGAAUGUACUUUUAAAAAUUGGUUUAAUGGUUUAAUAUAAGUGAUGUUGUUCAAGUUUUGGGGUUUGUCAUAUGUAUAGACAACCUUUCCUUGUUAUUUAUUGUUAUGUCUUUGCUCAAUUUCAUACAGAAAGUGAGUUUUUGUUGAUGAAAUGGAUUUGUAGCAUUUUGGGGAAAAAUGUGUUAUGGAUAUAUUGCAUU